AUGCCCUGCUGCAGGAGCGAUGGAGAAGAUGGAUGGACCCCCGAGGCCUCUAGUUCCAUCUGGGAGGCACAAUCUGGCUCUGAUAUACAGGAACUGUUCCCGAGUCCCUCAAACCUGGCAGCGUUGUCCUUUUCUCGCCUUGUGGCAGAGGAUGACAAUGGCCCAUGUGGUUGCAGAACUCCCCCUGAUGGGUCACGUGCCCCGGAUGUCAUCCCAGAUAGCAAGUACAGUUGCACACAGGUGUUGAAGGAACUCGGCAGAUGUCACAAGCUACAGGAAUCUCUUCUGAGCUCAGCGAGCGGAUUCAGCAACUACCGAGGCAUUCUCAACUGGUGUGUUGUCAUGCUGAGGGAGGGUGUUGCAGAGAUGAUCGGGGAGAUGGGGCAGUGCUAUGGAGAUGACCAGGAGGGCGUGCUGCAGACUGUGGAUGAGAUGGGGCGGACGGCUUACAUAGAGGACCGCUCUCCUCUGAGAGUCACUUGUAACUCUCGGACAGUCGUGUCCCAACCACUUCUCCGUCAUUCACAUCUAGCCCUCAGGAGGGAUUGCCUGAUGGGGAAAGCCCGACUCUCUGCUGCGGCUGUCCAUACCUGGCCCCUCUACUACAGUCACCUGGCCCUGCAGCUGUUGCGGAACUACAACUCCCAGCAAGCUCUGUUCUGGGGAUGCCUGUUUGCAGUAGAAAUAUCAGAGCAGACAAGCGGCAGUGAGAGGGACGACCAUGACACGUGCAGUGCGUCCUUGGCUUGUGCACCUGUCAUCGGAGGCCACCCAUGCCAGGACUCUCGAGGACCACUCCACGGCCCACCGCCCAGGCACCACACAGGCCGCGCCGUCAUCGUUGAGAGUCGCCCUCCACUAUCCCCACGGACGAUUACAAGCGAAUACUCACCCAGCCUUAGAUACGGCAUACUGGUGGAUCCCAUCCAAGUGGUUUCCCUCUUCCUGAAGCACCCUUAUAGCUGGCCCUCGCUGUGCCUGGUGUUGGCUUCUAAUGUCUUCGUUUUGGGGUCUCUGCACCUGGAGAGGCGACUGGCAUCUGGUCGAUUUUCAGAGGGAAUGGGUGUUUUCCUGUACACCAUCAUCCUCACUGGUAUCCUCUGUUUCCCGGUACUGGUUGUGUUCACAAUUGCCUCCAUGACUCCAGUGGGGGCUGUCUUUGCGUUGUCCAUCUAUACCAUUCUCUUCCUCAAGAUAUAUUCUUACAAAGACGUCAACCUCUGGUGCCGGGAGAGAAGGCUGACACGGACCAGAGCACUGGGGCGCUCUCAGUCCGCUCCUUUAAUGAGAAAAGCAAAUGGAGAGGCAGGACAGAAGGAGGUGUCGUACCCUGGCAAUCUGACACACAGAGAUAUGUAUUAUUUUGUCUGUGCUCCGACUCUCUGCUAUGAAAUUAACUUCCCCCGAUCUCCGAGGAUUCGUAAGAGGUUCCUUCUACGGAGGCUUUUGGAGAUGUUGUUCAUCAUGCAGCUCUUGGUUGGCCUAAUCCAACAGUGGAUGGUCCCAACAAUUCAGAACUCCAUGAAGCCAUUCCGGGAUAUGGAUUACUCGCGGAUGAUUGAGCGUCUCCUGAAAUUGGCGGUCCCCAACCACCUCAUCUGGCUCAUCUUCUUCUACUGGUUCUUCCACUCUUCCAUGAACUUUGUGGCGGAGUUGAUGCGUUUUGGAGAUCGGGAAUUCUACAGGGAUUGGUGGAACUCGGAGACAGUGACCUACUUCUGGCAGAAUUGGAACAUCCCAGUACACAAAUGGUGCAUCAGACAUUUCUACAAGCCCAUGAUGAAACGUGGGCUCUCCAGGUGGGCUGCUCAGACCGCCGUCUUCUUCGCCUCAGCUUUCUUCCAUGAGUAUUUGGUCAGCAUUCCUCUGAAGAUGUUCAGACUCUGGGCCUUCAUGGGGAUGAUGUCACAGAUUCCUCUGGCCUGGUUUGUGGGACGGUUUCUCAGGGGCAAUUAUGGGAAUGCGGCUGUAUGGAUUUCCUUGAUUAUUGGGCAGCCGAUAGCAGUUCUUAUGUAUGUACAUGAUUACUACAUCCUGAACCAUGAGAAGAGUCAGUGAUUGCCUCACAGCACCCCUGCAACUCGCACUUCGGACCUUGGUGGAGAAGCGAUUUCUGAGCCAUGUGCCUUUCCUGAACCCUCUAAUUCCCAACCAAUCAUGUUUCUGAUGACCAGCAGGAUAGUGGGAAUGUUAUGAAGGAUAGACACUUGUAUGAACUCCACUCUGGUCUGUACAAUCAGGAGGACACCAUCUGUUCACACUUCUGAUGCAACCUGAAAUCAAGGCCUAGCUUGUUAUUUUCCUAGGUCCGACUUCUACCUAAUGCCCUACUAUGAUAUCCAUCCAACUCUGGGUCUACUCCUCUUUCAAGAUGUGCCUUCUGUCCAGGACCCGGUCCACUUCCGUCCAGGAGCCUGUCAGUUCUCCGAGUUCUGUCAUCCGUCCAAGUUCAGGUCUCUUUUUCCAGACUGAGACAUCAUCUGAAGACUUUGUGACUUCUACAAUAAAAUAUCCACCAGCGGCCUCAUCGCCUAGAUCUGAGACCUGAGCACCAUCUCCUCCUUCGGGAUCCUUUUUGCACUUUCUG